GUCCCAGCUGCAGCACGCUUUUGUUCAAACUCACAAGUCAGACAGUCAGGCUCUUCACAGGGGUGCGCUUUGAUGUGACUCACCAGAUGCGUUUCUAAAAACGGUGACAUCAACAGCGUUGCUCAUUUGUGUUCAUUCUGAUUUAUUUUUAACCGACUGGGCCACUUUUGGAAACCCUAAUUGAUUUUUUCUCACUUUGAUCGCGCGAAGUUGCUCAUACAGAGACAGCAGCACGGCAACUGGAGUCCUGGAAGAGGGGAGGAUUUUCCAAGAACCGGUUUCCUUGUCGGUUUAGUUGGAGUAGCAGUUACUGCUGUCAUGUACAGUUCGACCUUUUACUCAUUUCUGACAGACGGGAGAGAGUAAGCUUAUGCUUCCCUUCAUCCUCCUCGCUGGAUAUCCAUGGAGAGGAGGACCUGUAUGCUCUCACGCAGCUUUUGGAGUUACUUGCGUCCGAGGCAACACCGUGCGUGUUGAACUUACCAACCUGGAAAGCAGAGGACUCUCUUAACCUCAUUUGAAUGCCUUUGCAAGGAGUUUGCUGGUUUUUGUGCUGCAGGCAGGGCUUCAGUUUGCUCGGACGGGACUAUGGGGAGAAAGAGGAGGAAGAGUCUUUUGAAUUGCGCAACAAGGAGGACUUGACUCCCAAUGGACGGGUAUAAACUCCCCACCUGCACCACACUAAACUCACGUGCACACUUACUUAUAAUACACCGUUUACAGUGAAGAUUGUUGUAGUUUGUUUGCACAGUAUUGGCUGUAGAUAGAAAAUGUUCUGAGACAUAAAUUCGACACAGAAACAUUUUAAGGUUGUUGAUAAAACAUAAGUUUUAAAAAAAAAGUAUAAACUAGAAUUUCAAAGUCUGCUCAGAAAUGUAAUAUGUGUUCACAGGGUUUUCCCAGAUGUAAUCACAUCUACACAGGUCACAUGUUGGUUUAAUGUGGCAAUCAAUACCUUCCUGUCCUAUUCUAAAGCAACACACAGAAUAGUAUACACUACUGACUUGGGCAACAUUGAUUAACCCCCCCAUACACACACGCACACACUGAUGCAAGCUGUAAAACCCAGCGUGUUCCUGUGUGUUUGGCCUCUGUCUGCUCCAUUGCAAAUAAGACUGUGGCCUUGUCUUCUCUGUAAUGUUAGUCAUCUGAUCAGGCACAGAGAGUUCAGCAUUGUCCACCCACUUGUGAGGGGGCAUUGUUGCCAUGAAUUGAGGUAGGCUCUAUCUGUAUGACCCAGCGCACAACUCUUUUCAUGUAAAGUCCCUCAGAAGAAAAAAACCCUUUUCCUCACAUCAUACUUUCUGAUUUAACUCUAUCAUGUUGCCUCUGUAGCAGUACUUGUUAUAAUGUUUGGAUGUUAUUUGCCCAUAUAGUACAUAUAUUCUAUCCUGCUUAGACACAUUCAAACUGUUUGGCCUUGAAGACUGAAGUAAUUUCGCCUAAAGCCACUACUUGCAUAGCCUGCUUAUCUAUUUAAUGGCCCUUUUGUCUGCUUGCAACCAACCAGUGCAGUGCCGCAGCAAUUUGCAUGAAAACGUUAGGAGCAGAUAAGUUUUACACAGUUAUUGCCUCAACAGAAGUCUGACAGCACCAGCAGCCCUCAGAUAAGAGCAACAUCUGUUGCUCAGUGGCAUCCAGAGAGGUGUUGGUGUGUCUCACUCUCCAUCUUGGCAGGCAUCCCUGUCAUGCUCAGACUGUACCAUCUGGCUGGCCAGUGGUGGUCAAAGGAACUGGAGUGUGCUCCAUAUUCAUGAUCAAUACAAGAUCACAGUAACAUGUCCCAAUGGAGACGCCUGAUGGCCUUUGAAAGUGAUACCCAGAGAUCUCCUCUUCCUGUUACUUUCCUGUAUCCACCAUUAAAAUGCAACCAAAGCUCCACCUGCAGAGUUGUGCUCCUUCUGGUGGCUUAGGUUCCCUGAUGUUUUUUGGAUUGUAGAUGGGUUGUUUGGAAAAAAGCAGAGCUCUUAUGAGAUAAUAAGAUUAGCUGAAGGAUUUGUUUUUGACCUACUUUUAGCCACUCUAAAAAUGAUUGAUUCUGCUGAAUAUUUACUGAUGUAAUUUAGACACAACAGUAAUUCCUCAAACAAAGCCACUUCUCAAAGGUAAACAUGGACUCAUUUGUAGCUUAUAACUCUUUCUUUGUCUUUUGGUAUCUAUCUAACUGUGGUCUUACAUCACUCAUGAGGUUCUUUGUUGAUUUGGUUUCGCACUAGGAAAUAUUGAUAAAUUACAGUGUGUGUGUGUGACUUGUAUUGGGUUAUGAAAAUAGAUAUAUUUAUCUUUGGUAAUCAUUAUUCGAUCAUCUUGUUUGGCCUGUUUGCUCUAUCAGAUUAUGGGAAAUAGCUUUAUUGACUGAUGUAACUUCCAGCGCUCUAUUCAUUAUCCAAAGGCAGGAAUCGACUCUCUUGGAACUAGCUCGUCAUUUUUGUCGCACUAAAGCCACCCUGGUGUUCUUAUGUUAUUGAUUAUUGGAUUUUUAAUGGCUGCAGGUUAUCAGUCCACUUUCACAAAACCAGUAUCCUCUUGAUCUGUGUCACUGAUUGAAAUGCUUUGUGUUGUGAAAUGUCAAAUGUUCAAUUAGGACGGCAGUUGAACUCCUAUACAAUCAGCUGACCUGCUCUUGCCAACACAAUUCGUUAUACUCCCCCCGAGCCCCUCCCCUCUGAAUAUACACAUCCAACUGGUAAUGUUUGGCUUUCCUCGGUGUCAACAGAGGGGGUGGGGCAGAGGGCUGAAAAUGGUCUAUGAUUCCCAGGGAAAGCCUCCUCGGGGCGACACGCCAUCGUUUACUUAGAGAGCUCCAAGCCACAUUUACAGACAGCAGGUCAGACCUCCCUGGGAGUGCAUAUGUGUCUUUGGGUUCAAAACACUGAAACGCUCCAUUUACUAGGCUUCAGUCCAGAUCCUGCCAGGGACAAAUCCCACAGGUCUGAUGGAGUCUUUCUCCCUCAAGGCAUCUGAGAUCUUCACCAUGAUCUCUUUUAUUGUUUUCUAAACGUGCCGCCAGAGGAUCCUGUCAUGUGCAGCAUGGACAUCAUCACCAACGCACUGGUCCUCUUCCCUCUGAGGUCGGAAUCAUGAGUCAGCGCUGACGCUCGCGUAGGCUUGGUCCUUCAAAGCACAGGGCCGUGUCAGAACCUUUCUUCAUGUUUACUGUCCUCAUUCAAAGAAACGGUCUCCAACAGCUGCCCAAACAGUCACAUAGAGCUGAAUGCCUCUGGUGUAGGGACAGCAAGACACCCUUUUUAGAGCAUUUUCUCUUCUUUCCAUGUUUCCACCAAAACCUCGUCCAGUUUUAUGUAACAUUAAGUCGCAUUUGCUAAUUAACUACUGACACAGAGUGUUCCAUCCAGCACAGUUUUCAGAGUACUUGAUUCACCCUGUUGCUUGGAACAAAUGGGCACAGUUUAACCGGGGUGACAGUAGGUCUCAUUAACCGUCACUACUGCCCUCUGUCUUUAGAGGUGUCACGGUACGCUGGUUUAUAUUUGGUUUCCGUUGCGUCUCUGCCUCACCACCUCCAGGCCACACAUCUGGUCUUCAGGCCGACACUGGCUGAGCCCAAGCAUUUCCUCCUGGUUACUCAGUCUCCCAGGAGAGAUGGAGAGAGAGAAAGAGUAGACAGGGGGAAAAGCGAGAGCGGAAGUCAGCCACGGAACGAACACAUCACUGCGCCGUUCUCUCCUUGCUCUGCUCAAGUCUGGAGUGAUUCAUCCUCUGCCCGUCCAGAGAGAGAGCUUUUGCCAGCUCUGCAUCGCACGCUAUCCAUGUUCCUCAUCCCACAGCCCAUUAACUCUAUUGGAAAGCUAUAUUUCUGUGAAUUGUCAUGUAUUGUGGAGAAUUACUCAAAACAUCUCAGCUUGAUCCACCUGACUCAUUAGUUUAUUGAUUCUCUGAUUAGUUUAUAUCACAGAAUUAGAGCCUUGUAGCCGUUGAUGUGAUUGCUAUUGAUUGGUCACGUUCAGACAUUGCUGUCUGGCUGAGUUUUCUCCUUUAAAGCUGUUGGCUUGGUUAAGUCAUUUAUGGUUUACAGACAGAGGAUGGGGAAUUACUCACACGCUCUCUUCAAUUCAAAAGUCACUUUCUGACACUGUUCAGUUUUCCCUGCCCGUCUGGUCUGACAGUCACAGCACCUCUUCCUCAGUUAAACAUGAAUCAAAUCUCAUUAUCCAAACCCUCAUGUUUUCCUUAUUUUCCUCUGAGCCCAUCUUUCUUAUAAAUAAAACACAGACUACACAUGAGUCUAUAAAUUAGUAUUUUGUGUUUUCCUUGUUAUUUUAAAGUUGUCUAAAUAGAAGGAGGAGACUUUUUCUGUCCAGCAAAAGCUAUACUUAGGCUAGUUUGCCCAGUAGUAAAGUGUGGUGUGUGAUCUGUGAGGGGCCCAGAAUUGACCUGGAUAGGGUUUCAGGUAGGCCAACAACCCUGAGCUGAGCCAGGGCGGCCACGGGAGCUAGCUCAAGGCUGUGGCUCAUAGAGACAACAAGUCAGGCCACGGGGACACGUACUGCUGACCUGCACGCCAGGGAUUCAGCCCAAAUGUGCACCGGCAAGCACAAGUGUCUGAUGGGGUUUUUCAAGGUCAGGUUGGGAAUCCAGGUCCCUGAACGCUGUGAGGGGAAACAUCCUUUCCCAUCUUCUUCUUAACAGGGAUGUCCUGGAAUGAAAAGUUCAUUGUUCCAGGCGUGAAAUCUUGAUUUUACGUGCCUGCCAGUGGCAGCCCCGUUUACAGUCAGUGGCAGCACUAAACCAAGUUUCCAUACAAAACUGACAUCCAAGAAAGGGAGACUGUGUUUUGAUAUGAGACGAGUGCCUGCAGUGAAGUUAACUUUUUAACAUGAAGGAAGUAAUCUGAGCAAAAUUUGGUGCUGUGUUGAACUGCUCAAAAUCACUACACUGUUAUUUUGCUGUACACAGUAAUGUUUCUCAUAAACCUUUGUGUCUUUCUUCAUUGUUUUAUUGAGAUAAUUUGUACCACCAGCGCAGAUAGAAAACAUCAAGCUAACUUUUGCUGUUCCGAGCGCAGUCUCACAGAGCAGGGUUACUGUUAGGUUAACAACCUUCUCAGAGAAAUGAGUGAUCUGAAUAUAGGCAUCCCUGGGUUUUCUGGUCAGGGUGCAUGCAGCUCAUGCACAAAAGAUUCCUCUGUUCCCCUCUCUCUUCGAUAUUAAAUGAGCUUGUUUUGCAUGCCAUAUUUCUCCCCACCAGCUCAACCCCUUGCAAGUGAAAGCCAAGCAUUACAGGAACAGAGCUGCUAUGUGCUGGUGCUGCCAGGGGUGGCUGCAUGCUCUACAGUAACAUGGCUGCUCAAGGCAAACUGUUGAGGGAUUACUCCAACCUGGGGACCAGUUCUGAGGACAGACUACUGUUUGUGUUCCAUUAUCAUCUAUUUACACUAUUCUCUCUCUCCUGUUGACAGAGUCCAGCUGAGGUGACUGUUUCUCAACCUACUCGCACAGCCAACGGAACGAACGGGUAAGAAGAGAGACAGAAAUAGACUUUUAAAACCUGGUUAUAGGAAGUUAUAGUUCCCUGUAUUCCUCAUAUACUUCCUCUGAGUUCUGGGGAUUUCUGCAUUAUCCCUUCGUGAGGCACACAAUCAAGUACAGGCCAGUCAUUUGAUCUUAACUUCAUCCGCUUUGUAUUUGGUGUCAUGGGGCCUUUCUCAUGUGCCAAACCAUGACACAUGUGUCUAACUGCAUGCACUCACAUGUGCACGCCAACAAGCGUGAUAUAGUCACAUAUAAAUUGAGAGGAUCUGUCAUUUCCCAGCUGCAGCAGUGCAUCGAUUGCCAAUGGAUUAUGCUGCUAUCUGUUUAAAAAGAUUAACCUCUUUACUGUUUGUGUUUUGUCACUUGAGAUUGCAACCUGAUUGCAAACAGUUCAAAUCAAAUCAAAUCAAAUUUUAUUUAUAGCGCCAAUUCACAAGAGUCAUUCUCCCAAGGCGCUUUCCAAAUAAAAAGAGCAGGUCUAAACCACGCUCAUUGUUUGAUGAAUUAUCAAGACCCAACCUUAAGAUGGGACUAAUUCGAUCCAUCUUAUCUAACAUGAGUGACAGUGGCAAGGAAAAACUUCCUUUUAACAGGCAGAAACCAGUUGCAGCUUAUAUGACAGGCAAACUCUGUACAGUUUUUACAUCAACAUAUUUGAUGUCAAUUCUACUCAAUACAGCUUCCACUUAAACUACUCUAAUGUCCCUUUACUUUAGGGCUGUCCCGAUACGAUAUUGAUAUUGAAUAUUGGUCCGAUAUCAGCCAAAAAACAAAUAUUAGAUUAUAUCAGCCUGCAUCUAAAAUCUCCGAUAUCAGCACUCCACUACAAGCAGUCCAUUCCAGACUCCACUCUGGCCCCACUAGCUAGCAGUGCCUGGAUCCAGCAUGUACAGCCCACAUGAUUACAACAACAGUGUGUACUAAGGUACAAACAAAGUAGCAAGGAGUAUGAGUGAUGUUGGCAGUGUGGCAGUAUUUUUCGUUUAAGUCCAAAAAAGACAUUGCAGCUGAGUGCAAAACUUUUCAUGCACAAGUUUGUGCCAAUAUCGGAUCAAUAUUGGUAUCAGCCGAUACUGAAGGCUACAAUAUCGGUAUCGUAUUGGAAGUAAGAAAGUUGUAGCGGGACACCCUUACUUUACUUUAUCCAUCUUCUACAUGAGCCAAUUCAAAACCUUUGGUACUUUGAACACUGCAUGCCCCAGUCUGUCAGUUAUGAGGAACCUCAACUGGCCUCACAAGGGAUGCAAUUCAAAUGCUCAUGCGGUUGACAAGUGAAUGCAAGUGUCAGUGAAAAGGCGUAAUUCAUGGACAGCCUGAUCCCAACUAUUAGUGCUGGGCUGUGAUCUCAGACAGUGAUGCAGCCAGGCUCUGCUCCAGUCUGUCUCUGGCAUCAUGCCUUCAUCACCCCCGGCCCCUCUUCCCUCAUUAACAAUCUCCAGUGUGCAUCUGCCGACUCACAGGCAAUCACUCACACAGAUCAACUCAUAGGACUAUCACACAGCUCAGUGAGUAGAUGGGGGUCUGCAACAGCUUUCAACAAGACCAGAGUCGCCCCAGGAAGUGGGUAGGGGAGCUGAGGUUGAGACAUUUUUCUGCAGUCAUACAGGACCUGUUAUCUCUUGAAGAAAGAAAGGAAGUGAGGACACGAGGGGAGAGCCAGGCUAACUUGACUGGGUGACUCAGUCCUGCCUCAGCAGCAUGCCCAGAAGAGGUGUGGCUCAGAUGUGUGUGUACGUGCACGCGUGUGUGUCACGUCUACAGUAUUGUAGUGCUGGCCUCAGGCCACAUGGCAUAAUUAACUACUGGUUUUUGAAGGGAGUGUGUUAAGAGCCCGGCUGUAAUCAUCACACUGAGUGCAGAGAUUAGAGAGCAUAGUGCUUGGUUAUUACCUGGCUAGUGACCGCACACGCCCAGAGUUCAGCUGUAGAGAAGAGGCCAGGACAGGUCUUGAUAAGUUGGGGCAAAGUGAUGUAACAAGUGGUACCUCAGCCUCUUAUAAUGAGUCUCUGGUGUCAGGUAGGACUUUUAUUUUCCUUUACUUUAAUGGAACUUUUCAAUUUGUCUGACUAUCAGAAAGAAAACACAAGACAAAUUUAGGUUUUUCUAACAUCAUGGGCACACUAAUCUGUAACUUCAGAAUUUCCCCUUGUAGGACUAAUUAAGUAGUAUCUUAACUUGAAAUCACACAGAUUUGAUGUUAUAUCAGUAGGGAGGUUUGGGUUUGUAAUAUCAAAUUAAGCUCAUGUGAAAACGCUCAAAUCACAGUUUUUAUUGUAAUUUUAUGAUUAGAGAAGGCUUUUUAAAAAUAGAGAGACAGACAUGGACGCACAUCUGAGUGUCCCAGAAUCCCUGAUAACUAUGGAGUCUUACCGAUCUAUUUUUGUACAGUAUGCUUUAAAGUCCAACUCCGAUCAUUUUUUUUUUUAACGACUUAAAAUGUUAUCAAUAGUCUUUUAAAUUGUGAUUACAAGGUUUUUAGCCAAAAUCACGUUACCUGUGUCAUUUUUUAAGGGCUUUUCCUCUGCAGAGCUCCAGAAGCUCAUUAACAAUUUGCCUCUGAGUCAUGAGCGAAGACAGCGCUGCUCUGCACACUCCUCUUCAUGCUAGCUUGCAGUCUAAUAUUGCCGAUGUAGUAGAAGUAGUAGGUAACAAAGGAGCUAUUCAGCUCUUUGACACAAUUGUCUUUAGAGGCAUGAUGAAAGUUAACAUCAUAAUUUGCUUUCUAACGCACACGCUUGUUCCACGAUCGUCCUCUCUACUCCUCCAAGUCUGGCCUGUAUAGUGGGGCAUCGGGGGCGGAGCUUGGAUUUGUGACGUAGGAAAUCUCACUGUGUCUGAACCUGUCGUUUGGGUCUGCCAGAGAUUCACAGAAAUUUGAAUGCAGAAAUACUCAGAAAUGCAAUUUCACACUUACCUUUCACAUGAUAUGUCCUCUAGUAUCAGGAAAAUGUCAUACGAACAUGUAGACAAUAAGAAAAACAUGAUUUUCAUUAGAGUGGGUCUUUAAAAACCAUGUGAAAUUUACAGGUGAUUGUACAUUUAUUGCCAGUGCUUGUUGUAAAAUACCACAAUUUGUUUCAUUUUAAGUCUUCAGAUAAGAUAAAGAUGAGGAGAAAAGUGGGAGGACACAUGCGCAGUUGGUCAAGUAAGAUACACGAGAGAGCAGUGUUGCACUGAGUUCAGUUAUCACCAAAGAAACCGAUGCAUUCAUGUUAUUCACGUGUGGCUUCUUAACUGCAUGCCGACAGUGGCUUCAGUUGCCUGUGUCAGGUAUCACUUUGAUCUGUCAAGACUUUGACCGUCUGAAGUGUUUAUUUAUAGUUCUCAGAAUAACUGAGACAGAGUAAUCUGCCAAGUGUCCAAGUGUUAUCAGCAUUCAUAGAGAGCCUCAAUCCAGCCAUGAACGGAAAGAAUUAAACGUUUCUUUGGAUUCUUUGUUGCUGUAUUGUUCUCAUGAAACACUGACUGGGUUACUCAUAGACAUGUGAUCAAAGCAUUUCAUUUGUUAUGAAAAAUUUGGCCCAAAACAAGCCAGUACAGUGCAUUUUUACACCAAAUAGUAAAUUGACAUUUUGAAGGAUUUUGUACACAUUUUCCAGAACUAAAGCAGGUUUUUACAGACGUGUUUGUUAAGAGGCUGGGAAAGAGGUUUUCAUGUAAUAAUAGUUCCUCCAGUUGAUUUGCUAUGUAUUUUGCACUGCCCUCCUCCAGUCAGAGACAGUUUACUGAGGAUGUGAUUGAUCAGUGUUGUCUCUUCAGGAGGACACUGCAAGGUCUUCAGUCAGCACGCACUGUAAAGCAGCUUGCUCCCUCCUGCAGUGCUCAGACUCAAAUCUGUCUCACAUCAUCGCUGUGUUUUCCUUUUUUUUUAAUCACUUUCCAACUCUGAAGUUCCUCCUCGUGGACGGGUCAGUACAGAGUACAGACUGUACCAGAAAGAAAGUGGACACUCAAGAGCUGCUCCAACUCCCUUUUAUCACCAUUUGUCCCAUCUGCUUUCUCUAUACCCCCCUUUCUUCUUUAACAGCCUCUGACAGGCUAAAUCUUGACGUUUUCUGGUGUGGGCUGCCAGACUGUAAUGGUCUGAAAGAGGCCAAUGUUUCUGAGAUUAUUUCAUGAGUGGAUUUUCUGUAUGUCUUUGUGUGUGUAUGGAUGAAACAUGUGGGAGUUUGCAAAAAUCUUGGAGAGAGGCAGCGUGAUAAUUGCCUGUCUGAGUGUCUGUUGGCUUGUCCUAUAACUACCUCUCCAUCCAACUGGCUCUGCUUACAGCAUCCAUACAGAAAGUUUAUGUUCCCAUCCUGAAGAGUCUCCACAACAGUAACUUUGUCCAAACCAGAAGAAGAGUCACUCCCUCCCCAUCAUAAAAUAACUUGCUGAUCAUCACCCUUUCUCUCCUUCAGUUACAAACUCAGACUUCCUGUUACACAUGCCCCCACCCCCUCCUUUCUCAAAACAUGACUUUUUUUUCCUCUACCCUCUGCCUAGUCCAGAGUUUCUUGGCAGUGGUCUUGAGUAAACAGCGUAUUUUUAGCUGGGAGGUCAUAUAGGCCCAGUCUUAAUCACCACAUUCCCAUUUUCCCACCAGCCCAGCUCCAACCAGAGGCCCAUGCUGCUCUGUGGGGGAGGGGAUUGAGCCUUAAGGAAGAGAUGGACUCCUCUUUACAGAAACAGAUUAUUUAAAGUUUAAGUACAACCCUCUGUGUUUUCAUGCAGGUCAUCUCAGACUGUGUCACAAAUAUGUUCGAUGUAUGACUAUCUCUUAUUAAACAGUACAUCAUCAAAACAACUCAAAUUAGCUAAGUGAAGUUUAUUUUUUUGAUUGUUUCUUUUGUCUUACCGUCUGUAAAUGUUUUGAUUUCAGUCACAAGUGUCAUUUUUCUAACUGCUUGUUCUUGUGGUGACAAGGUCCCACUUUGUAUGCUUGAAUACAUCUCCACUCUUUCCAGAUACGGUCACCCAAGCCCGAGAGCAAGGACACUACCUCUUUGACUUUAAUUAGUGUCUCGCCAUUUUGAUUAGACCAUAGACUGAAAUCAAUUACUCAUCUCUCAAGCGGCUCUAAACAAACACACAGUAGCAAACUAAUCAUCUGACUUUGCUGCUCAUACUUGAGGCAAGUAUGAAGUGUGUCACCAUCACUACCCCGCCUUAAACAAUGGGAGGUUGAUGUUAAAGUUUUGCCAGCUUGAAUGCUCAAAGGCUGGAGUUUAGCGUCGUGAAAAUUAAUUAGUUUCACAAUGAUGCAGAGCUCAGGUCUUGACCUCACAAGCACACGUGCAUGCUUUCACUCAUGCCGCAGAUUAGUAUUCUUAUCAUGACUCCUUGGGCGUGUAUAGACAACUUGACUGACAUUUCCUUGACUCUCCUGGUAGUUCUGUUGCACCUGUUUGGGUGGGACAAUGAACACCUUUAUCAGCCUUUUGAGUUGGGAAUUUCUUGUAGUGACGUCAUGUAAUAAUAGGGAACCUUUCACCGCUGUGAAGCUGUAACAUUUGUAUGGUGUCAUUAGUGUCUUGGCAUUUCAGGCAUUUAAUUGUAUGACACCGUUUAACUUCUUGUUUGGAGCUUGAAUUAAUGUCAUUUGAUUGCUGAAUAGUUAGUCAGUCUUUGACCUUUGAUGCUUUUGUUCCUUCAGACAUCCAAACUCUAUGUUGUUUCUGUGUUGUUAAAGUAUGUAUGAGAUUAGAGUUGUGCACAUCCAAACUAGUACUGGUGAAAAUGAGUUAUGGAUAGUAUUGAACAACUCACCCUGUUAUGUGGCACAUAUCGUACAAUGUGUCAGGACAUUAUUGAUGUAACACCAUGGCUGUAUAGAAGCCUCAGGACAUGAACAAAGAUGGAUGUAAACACCAUUAUGGUGUCUAGAUUAGGGAUGCAUCGUUCCACAUUUUUUCACAUCCGAUCCGAUCUCGAUUCCUGAAUUUGGAUAUCUGCCAAUACCGAUGCUAUUCCGAUACCAGAGCUCUUUUAGCUUUACCAUCAUUAUUAUCAUUAUUGUUUAUUUUAUAUGAGGCUGUAAUAAACUCCUCUCUACAGGCAAGUAUAUGUCCAUAUGAUUUCCUGAACGGAGGCGUGUCUCAUCUCUGUGUCUCAUUGUUAUACGCAUCCAUUCAGAAAAUCCAUCGCACAGUUUGCAGCCAGCCAGCAGACUGACCGGCAAGGAUCACUUAUACAGUCGUUUUAGUAGACGAAGUUAAAGCAAAAACAUGAUUUAUGGAUUGGAAAUUUUUCCAGGUUGGAUCGGGAAAGUUCUGAUCCAUGAAUUACGUUGGUAUCAGAACCUGAUACCGAUACUGGAUCGGAUCUGCCGCAUCCCUAGUCUAGAUUUUCAGAAAAUUGUAUUAGGGUCAGAUCUGGGUGAUUGGGAAAUGUCCCCUUGUAUUCUCUUGGGUAAACUGGAAUUGGGCUGCAAUCAUUUUCUCUUCAAAUCCCCUAAAAUAAUCUUAAUCUGUGUCUUGCGUCCUGUGAUUUUCUUAAAGCACUGAACAUGCUCAUAUGAUGCCCCCUCCUCAGCAGUGGCUGAUGUCAAGUCCUCGAGGUGCUGUCCGUCCUGUCUCCCUCUAUUCUCCGAGCUGUCUAAUCCCCAUGUCAAAUUGUUUCCUGCUCUCUACAGGAAGUUACCCACAAAAGGCCCCACCGUCACAGGCUCUGCCGAGGCUUCUGGGAAUGUGGGGGUGGUAGCGUGGAGAGCGAGGGGGGUUGAGUGAAGGUGGGGGGUUUAAGGGCUGCUGGACAGCUGUGGAGAUCCUUUGCACCCACAUCGCACAACAAGACUCAAACAUCUGCCCCAAGCAGUGAAACACUUAAUAGUUUGUUUUUGUGACUUUUCUGCCACAUUUCUUGAAACCCUUUGGAUAAGUGGUGAAACAUGGAGUCAAAAACAAAGUUAAUCCAUUUCAGUUUUAUCUUGUGUUUCCUAUGAUAGCCACCUAAAGCCAAGUUGGUCUAUCACACUCAUGAACAGUCAGAGUCUUAAGUUGUACCAUGUUUUACCUGAAGACCCUCUCAGUAAAUGUCUGUAUCCUGAGCAUAAGUGCCUGAAGAGAAAUGGCUUUUCAGCUGUCUAUCAAAGACAUUCAGUUAAGGAAAAUAACUUUCAUGAAAAAGUGAGAAUUACCUCUUUGAACUUAGAAUUAUGAACCAGAAGAGUUGGUAGUCAUGUAGAGAUACACAGCAGACCCUGUAGGGGCAGCUUUACAAAGUCAUAGUCACAAGGCAGGGAGUUUUUUGAACAUUAGUGUUGGUAUUUUGGACACAAUGGUCAGACUGAAUCUGCUAAUGCAAUUAAAGGUUAUGCUAAAGGUUAAAACCUGGGUUUGGACCUGUGCGUCUGUCCCCUUAUAAACCCUCUGUCUUUUCCGUGAAGUCUGGGAGAGUGUUACAUUAACUGUAAAAGUAUGUCAGAUAAAAAAUGGGGACAGAUGCUUUGAGGACGAAAAACAGAUUUCUAUUGGCAUGGCAGUAGCAAAAUACCUCUAAUUCUUAGAAAUCGGCAGACAGACAUGAGAUUUUUCAUGCUCAUUUCCAAGAAAAAAUCCCAAGAGAAGAUGUAUGACCAUGUGUAUUUCAUAACCUCCAGUGGACACCAUGAGUGUCGGUAUUGUUUUUAGUAAUUCUUGACAUUUUGGUUGCAGGCGCAGCACGGACAAUGGCAUGCAAUAUUCCAAAGCAUUGAACAUAAGCACCUUGCUGUGCACUGCAGGCUUUACUCUCCAGUCAAGGCCUAAAUUUUCUAUGAAUCUAAUCCCUUUCCCAUUUGGGCGACAUACAGACUAUCUCUGCCUGUCUGCAUGCAUGUCUGCGUUUUGUAGCAGGGGUUAUUAACAAGCUCAAAUAAGAGACGUCGUCACAUUUCUGUGUUUAUUUUAAUACCUAUAAGUGGGGUCCUGGGAUGCACAGACUGUCAGAGGUCCCCGAAGAGCCAGACUGAGUAUAAUAUGACACCAUAGUGACUCUGUCCUUCUCACCUCUGCUUAAUGGUGAUGCCGAGGACCACUUCAGAUACACACAAAAACCCUGGUCCACAAUAUAGAGUUUCACAGCGUCUGACCAUCAGCUUAAAUUAGAGGCAAUGCCAGUGGGUUGAAUCGACAACAGCAAAUACCUUUCAUGAAGCAACCACAUUGUAUGCUUUCUUUAAGACUGAUGCGUCAGAGGCCAACAUGAUAAAUAAUAGUAUAGACAGGAUCGGGUCAGUGCACACUUAAACAAAGGAAAUUGCUUCUGCAGCCAUGUAAGCUGAGUCAAAGCAGAUAAGGUUAUAUUCAGAGUCAUUGAUUACUGCUGCUUUCCGUAAGGAGGAACCCUCCGGAGUUAUCUGAUCAAUAAGGACAUAAAUCAGCUGGCGAAGAAGUAGGUGACUAGAGGGCAAAAAGCCUCAGGAGGGAGGGAGGGAGAGAGGGAAGGAGGGAGGGCUCGAUUCAUUUCCUGAGUAAUAAUCCCAUGAGGAGAAGGAGGACAGGAAGAAAGGGGGGGCUUCUCAUUGAAACCUCACAUGCUGGUUCGACCCCAGAAAAAAAGAGAAAAUAAAUGAGUGAUUAGAUAAAUAAAUGAGGCGAUAUCAAACAUUUAAACAAGCAAACACACUGGAAGUGGGCCUCAGGUUGAAAUAGCAAAGCUUGAGUUUUACUCCAACGCUGCUCGAUGAGAUGAUGAAGCAUCCUUGUGACUGCAGAGGUAGCGGCAAACGUGAGCAGAGGUUCAGCUGAUUUACAGAUGUUUUUGAUGUUUCUGGUUUCAACUAUCCAAGGCUGUGACCUCUUGAACCUUCUGCCUUCUUCCGACCAGUGCGAGCUGGCUGGCUGAGAGUCAGCCCGGCGUCGCUCUGUCACGUUUAUUUUCAGUUCGCCCGCUCAGCUCGGCGGCCAAAGUGAUAAAAGAGAGACGAGCUGUCCACAGUGGCGUGGUAUGUAUCAGUGUGUACUUGUGUGCCUGCGUGCUGCUAGGGAGGGAAAGUGGAAGAACGCUGGAGGACAGAUAUUCGUGGCACUUCUUCCAGUCCCCCCUGUGUGACCCCCACAACAGUGUAUCAGGGAGGCUUGUCGUUGGCACGGUGUCACAUGGUGAGGGGGGUCCUCAGCCAACCGAGUGUCUCUUGGCCAAUUAGCUGUCCAGUGGGAGGGAGAAGUUCUGGGUAAGACCUGAGUUGAGAGGAAGGCCGAGUUAUUUACACUCUCUUUCUGUUCCUCCUCACAGACACACCGUCUCAGAGUCGUCUGAAGAGAUGAAGAGUCUGAUCAUUGAGAAGAGUAAGACGGGCCUGGAUGAAGAGUCUGAACUGUUGGUCAAAGGUGAGUCCAGCAUGAUACAUAACAGCUCUGUUACUCUUGUCAGUCUUUGUUUCAUUUGUGUUUGGUUCUGGUUAGGGCUGGGCGAUAAACCAAAAAUUUACCGAUACCAAAAUUUACGACCGUAACCAACGUCAUUUUGCCCAUGUCAAUAUAUUCGGUGUCAAAAAUUGAAUAAAUAAAAGUUGGUUUUGGAUGUGUGUAGGUAGGCUAUAGUCUCAUGUCCCUUUGAGACACUGUCCUACGUCAGAGACAUAACUCCACCCCAUCCAGUCCGUAACAAAGAGGGAAAGACAGGUGAGGAGAUGGAGGACGUUUCUAAAGUUGGAGCAGCUAGAGCGGCGGCUGAAGUAGACAAAGUUAAUGUAAGAGGGGGAGCGCAGCUUGUGGAGUAGUUAUCGUCCGUUUAUCGUUAUCAAGUUGAACUGCUCAGUGUAUCGUGAUAUUGAUUUGAGGCUGUAUCGCCCAGCCCCUGUUCUUGUGUACAUAUGGCAGAAAUUCACCCGUUCACACUUUUAGUUGAAUAAAAAAAAAAUCUGUUUAUUGAUGAGAUUUGAGUACUUUUCAGUCUAGACUGUUGGGCAUGCAAAAUGUGCCCCAUAAGACUGCUCUUGGGCUUUUUAAAACUAUAAUAAUAUAUGUAAUAACUGGGGUGUUGAUAGAUAACUCAUAAAAAUAUGAAUUAUCCCUGAAAAUAGACGGUAGCUGCAGCUCUACUUGGUCUUUCCAUUCAUAAACGUCUUUGCAGGGCUGAGUUUACUCUGUUUAUUUCAUUAAUAAAACAUAUAUGACCUUAACUGUCUCCUAAUAACUACUGUCCUAGCUACAUGCUGUGCUGUCGCCCCAUAGCAAAUACCUCUCUCACCACAUGUGGCCCACAACUGCACCAGCACUCUCUCCACACAUUCAACCCCCCACCCCCUGUGUGUUCAUGUCGGGAUAACUGCAGGCACACAAGGGCGCCACCUUUGGCGUCUGAUGCUUUUGAGGAAUGAUCUCAUAAGAUAUUUCUGUGUGAUUUUUAUUUUCUCUCUUGGCCUGCUACUUUUGGGGAGCAGUAAAAUGCCAGCACUUGGAUAAGUUACGUCCUGUUUGGAGUGGCGGCAGUCAGAUUGCCUAAUUCUGACAACAGUUACUAUGCACCCUUGGCGGGUACCCCUCCCUCACCACUGUGCUCUCUCUGUCCAUGUUUUACUGCUGGAAGGAAAGAGUUUCCCUCCAAAACAGAGACUUUUCUUCAUGCCUAUUGAUUACAUUUCAACGUAGGAUGUCUGCGUUGAAUCAUCUCAACCCUUCACCAACCAAACUACAACUGCAGAACAGUGGAGCACCUCAGGGCACUAGAUGAUCCCCCUCAUUUCUCUUUGUGGGCUGUACAAGGGUUAUUUUCUCUAAAGCUACACCACGAUGGCCUUUCCCCUGGUUUGGUAUUGAUGUUUUUUCAGUGGAGCACCCUUAGGCUAUGCAGAGUUAAUAUUGCCCCAGUAUCUAAAAUAGGCCACAGACAUGGUAGAUAUGGACUGACGAUGGGGGGUGGAUUGUAAAACCUAUGAAGUGCUGACAGAAAGAAACAUGAAGGUAUUUUCCUAUUGUUGUUUUACAGCUAAAGUGAACUCAGACUCACAUGAUGCACAGAUCCAAAAGAGGCCUAUCAGUGAUACAACAUUCAGAGCAGUAAUAAUAAACAGCCUUUUAAAGAGCAUGGUUAGACUUUGAAUAUUACAUUAAAACUUGCAGACCUAGCACUCUUCACUCAUCUUCUUCAUCAUCAUCAUCAUCAUUGUGAUUUCCUAUCUGGCUUAAUCUUUAAAGAAAGUGAAACACCCAGAGAGACAGGCAGCUUGCAGUAAAGAGACGGAAAUGCACAGAGAGUAAUUGUUUGUUCAAUCCCUGUAAGAGGGGGCAGGGCGUUGGGGGUUAGAGGUCACAAAUGAAACAAAUUAAGGGCCAGCCGUGGCCCCCGGGGGAGACAUUAGCAGGACGCGGAGAUGGGAUCCAGAUGGGGGACCAUGGGAGGGGUGCAUAGGGGGUCCCAGCGCUGCUCUUUCUCUUUCUUUUUCUGUCUCUCUCUCUCCUUUUUAGCCUAGCCUCAUCACUCUGGUUGUAGUUCCCAAAAAGAUCGGCCUCUGCUGGACGUCCCCUGUCCGUCACAGAGGCGUCUUGGUAGCAGGAAUGCUUUUCUCGCCAUGUCUCGCACCCAGUCAGCUUGUCUGCUUCCCUAGACUCACAUCCAGUCUGUCAGCGAGCUCAGGCUGACUCACCUCAUGGUUUUUAUUUAUCCGAUUCACAGCGGGUUUUGAUGCUGCCCCCUUCUGAAGUGGUGUUAAAAUCGUAAAUGGAUUUUGCUUUGGGCUAUACUGGGUGGGAUUAUGGAGGGUUGAGGGCCGCCACUUUUAUCAUAUACAAGUAUUCUUAGACAGGAAACAUAGCCUGAGAGGCUGAUCCUUCGCUCUUUUUAUUUUUAUUUUAAGUAGCUGUGAAGCAGUGGAAGCUUUGCACUGCUCAAGACACUUUUAGAUGACACAAAACAGAGAGAGGACACGAGAGAAAUGAAAGCAAAACAGAGGGGAAUGAGAGGGAGAAAAAUGCAGCUGUAAUGAUCAUUGGCUAACAGGUGGUACGCAGCUUUCUAACCGCAGAGGAAGUGGCGAUGCCUGUGUGGCGUCACAGCCAUUUACACGGGGUCGGAAGCUGAAAAAACGUUGCCUAAUUGUUCCCUUCAAAACCAAUCACAAAUAUUCAUUUACAAGCAAUUUGAGCAACGUGCACAAAGACAACUCACAGACUGAUGUAGUAGCAGAUGUCCAGGUGGGCCGCAUCAGUCCUGCAGAUGAUCUUUGACCUCCUAUCAGGGCUCAUCAGUGCUUACUGGUUCCUCCCAGCAUCUGGAGAGGCAACUACUCUCUGAAUGUACUUCGAAACUAAAAUUUAUUAGAAAUAAUUUGCACACAUUUCUUAAAAGGGAGUAGAAGCUUAUUCUUUAUUGCUGUUUGGGAAAAGUGGAUCUGGGCUGUUGCGGUCUUUCUAGUUUUUCAGGACUUCAGGAACACAGCAGUCCUGCAUAGUGGAGCCAAGCCUGGCAAGACCAAUGAGCCUGCCUAUGAGCUGAAGUCUUGUCUGCAUCUUGUUUCAAACAGUUUCAAUACACCUCUCUCUUUCUCUCUCUUUCUUUCUCUCACUCCCUCUACUUUUUUCUCACUCUGUCAAGCUCCAGAGUAGUAAUUAUGUUUGCUACACGCAGGCUUUAAUGCCCAUGCCAUUAGCUGGCUGUAUUUUUAUCCCCUACUACUUACCCCAACAAGGCAGUUCCAUGCACAUUGAAACUUUAUGGACAAUUACAUGCCUAGGGGAUUAUUCUCAGUGAAGACAGGGUGCAGCAGGACUAGUUUAGGAGCUCAUUGACGAGCCGGCCUCCCUCUCAGACUUUUUAAAGGUGAUGCUUGUCUUAAUGCAAUAUACUCGACACAGAGGGUUAUUCUCCAGUUUCAAAAUUUAAAUCUUCAGCAUGCAAGAUUAGCCAUUACAUGCUCUGACUUUAUGGUAUAGGCUAAAACAUACAUGUUCAGCAAAGCUUAUGGGGCUGUGGACAAACUUUAGAAAUUUAUUAUACAGAAUAUAAAUUUUUCUCCCCCCUGCUUGUGGUGUUGACAUGUAGUUACAGUAAGACUGGUUUGUGCUCAAGUCCUCUUUUUUCUGUGAAGCUGUGAAGUUAUUAGAGGGUUCAUAUUUUCUAUGAUUGACACUUAAUACAGCCUAUGGGCAUUCAUGAUUGCGUAGCUCUCCCAGGGGAUACGCUGUUUGAGCCAAGCAACAUCACAGCGACUUUCGGCAUCUACACUGCCAAAUGCACACAUAGCUAAUGCGCAGUGCUGGUUUCAGGAAAUGAAGAAAAAUCCUGGAAAUACCGAGAGCUAUUUGGCUUCAAAUCCAUAUACAGGCGGUAGGCGGGACCAAGUUGUCCAUAGUAUAUACAGUCUUGGUUGCCAUUCUAAUCAAUGCAAUAUCGCAUACAGGAUGUGUAUCAGCUCCAUCACAAAUAACAGAAGCUUGUUGAGCGUGGCUCUGCUAAAGAUACGCGCCAAGUCUAUUUUUGCUGCUCUACGGUUAAUAAUAAUGCAUCAGACUUUAAAGCGCUUUUUUUGUCAGUGACCUUAAAGCGCUUUACAUUGGAUACAUCAUUCAUUCGCUCACACAGUCACAACCUGGUGGUGGUAAACCACCUUAGUAGUCACAGCUGCCCUGGGGCAGACUGAUGGAGGCGUGGCUGCCAGUUUGCGCCUACGGCUUCUCCGACCACCACCACACAGCACUCACAAUCAUACACCAGUGGAGGACACACACUGGGAGCAAUGUGGGUUAAGUGUCUUGCCCAAGGACACAACAGACAGACUAGGGAUAGGACGGGGCUCGAACUGCCAACCUUCCAGUUAUUGGCCGACUGCUCUACCUCCUGAGCUACUGCCGCCCAUGGUUCCACGAUUCCAACAUGCGUCAAUCUACACAGAGGAGAUCGUUCUAGACAGGCACAGAAACCGCGCAUAUCAUCCACUAUUUCAAAAUAAAACACCAUAUGCAGACUCCCGACUGUGUAUCAGUUUGUGUAGAUGAGAACGAUGUAGAUGGAGGUAACAGUAUAAAAGAACAUAGUUUACUUUAUUUGACAUGAGUAAACCUGCAAAAACCCGAAACUGUAAAAUCAUGUUGCUUUUUCACAUAUAGUAAAGGCUCAAUAUGAUCCUUUUAUGUUUUCAGCUUAAUCUUGAUAUCAAACUCUUUCGUUACUCCAGUUAUUAUGUGUAGCUUAUGCGGACACCCAGAGCUGCAAAUAUGUUGAUUUUAACCGGCUAUUUGUUGUCCUAAAUACCUAUUUUGUAUGUCUGAUUGUCUUUCCAGUCCUCUAAGAGUGCAUGAUAAUUAUUUAGUUUUUCUGAUGAUUUUAAUUUAUCUCCUUUUCAAAGGAUGGCUGCUGCGGGAGGUGAGAGGGAACUGGAUAAAGCAGCGUCGGUACUGGUUUGUGCUGAGCCAGGACUCCCUUGACUACUACACUGGACCAGAGAAAGGGGCCCGCAGACUGGGAACACUGGUCCUCACCAACCUCUGCUCUGUCAUCUGGCCGGACAAGCAGACAUACAAGGAGACGGGUGAGUGGCAGACGGACAUGGUUGAUGCAUGAGUUACCUAACGUGGGAUAUAAUCACUCUUUUGUUUAAGUGGUUCAGUGGUCGUUGACAUUUUCAAAAUCCCUGGGAAUCUUGAACUGGGUUUUUUAAAUCCUGAAGUGACAUCAUGUGGUCUCUUUCCUUCCUCAUAAUUUUGCAUUUAUGAGUAAGUUUGGGAAGCCCCAGUUGUGUUUUGUCCAAAACGUGGCUGGUCAGAAAUCCCUCACAUUUGAGUAACCGGUGCGGGCAUCUCCCUUCUUUCUGGGAUGAAAGAAAACAAAAGAAAUGCAGAAGAGGAAAGUCUUUCCCGUUCAGGAAGACACAGAGGGAUGACUUGUCCUUUUUCAGUAAGUCCUAGGAACGUGACGUCUGUUAGACUGUCUGGUAGUUCAGGUAAUUACGUCUUGUUGGCUUCACCACAUCACUUACGAAAUGUCCAACCCAAACAAAAUUCACAAACUGACUGUACCAGGGGACUUCACAAGACAGAAGUGUGUUUCUUCUUCCCAACCUCUACAACCUGUUCCACUUCAGAAUAACUUCAUGUUCCUCCUUCUCCACCGUGAAAUGUGUCACAUUAGAGUUGCAUCAAGAACCCACUUCCUCUCUUUACUUUUGGGUCAUUUAAAUAGAUUAUUACUUCUCUUUUAGUUUCCCAUCCUCAGCAUCACUAGCCUGUUUCAGCAGAGCUAACGUAAGGGCCAAUUUCAAGAACAAACAAACCUGUCAUAAUCCCUCCCGUUUUUUAGGUUUUAGGUUUGUGCGUUACCAAGAACCCUAAACAAAGAAGGAUGUGGUGCCAAGUCACGUAGCAGGAAAGCCUGAUAACGCGGGUCUGCAGCUCAGGAUAGAGUGCAAUGUCUAAUACUUCCUCUGCACAAGAAGGAAGCGUGCCUCUUUUCACCUCGCUGAUCAUUAAUAGGUUUGGCACUGCCGUCCUUAGUCAUCUGUCGAGAAACUGUCCGUGUUUGGUUUUGGGAUGGUCCGAGGUUCGUCUCAGGCUGACCUUUGGCUCACAGUGAAACUGAGAGAGGAAGUCAGAGAGAGGGCGUCACGUGAGAUAUGCAUGGUGUCCUGUGGUGGGAACAUUUCCACAGCUUCUUCCUCAUUUACUUAAGAAGUCAGUGUUGUGUCAGGUGUAGAGGUGCAGCUUGACUUUUGUGUCAAAUCCAAUGUUUGUUUUGUUUUUUCUUUAAGGCCACUGGGGCAUUACGGUGUAUGGAAGGAAGCACUGCUACAGGUUGUACACAAAGCACUUCAACGAGGCGGUGCACUGGGCAUGUGCCAUCCAGAAAAUCAUUGAUACCAAAGCACCAGUGGAAACACCAACACAGCUCCUGAUCCGUGACAUCGAGGUGGGCCACAAAACAUACACACACACACACACACACACACACAUAAGUGCUUUUGCUCCCCAUUUCCAUGUUCCCUCUGUCACCGUGGAGACCAUAAGAGCCUCAUUGGGCCAGGAGAGUCCAGAGUUUCCUCAGAUUGACCCUCUGUUUUGAAUGACCUCAUCAUAUUCCACCACACGUGGACAGUUAGUAAUAACAGACGUGAAGCAGAGAGGUCGUUUUUAAAAAAAAGUAUUUCCAGAGAAUGAUCGCUCAGAGAAAUUGAAUUUGAAGGUUUACUGAGGUAUAUUUAGACCUAGAGGGCUCCGCAUUUUUGCUGAGCAGACAGAGGACUUGUCUUGCAUCAGUCUUCUCCUGCGGUGAAGCGAGGGGCAAUUUUUGCAGAGGAGGUGGAAGGAAGGGCUUGGCGUGAAGCAGCGGAGCUAGAUAAGCAGUCCUGUGCCUGGCCUCCUGUGUCCAUAAUCUCUCCCACCGAGAGUCUUUAAUCUGAAAGAUAGUGGUUAAUCUGCUUGCCUCCGUCUGCUUCAGCAGGAGGGGCCAAGUUUAUAUUCGGCAGGAACCAAAGGGGGGGCUGCUUUUCAACUUCUCCUCAUUCAUCGUGUGUUUGCCCUCCUAUAACACUUGUCCUCAGUGUUUCCCUCUCUCUAACACUAUUUCUCACUCUCUCACACUCUCGAUCCUCACCUUUGAACACAGGCGCACUUUGUCAAAUAGGUGUGGUAUUUUCCCUCUCGAAUGUGAGAUUAGAGCAGCUGCAGCGAAAAUCAAAGAGAGAAUGAACAGAAGAGGCAUUGUGUGAACAGGCCUGUUUGCUUAUCUUUAAAGCAUAGAUUCAUGUUCCAGCAACGGACGAAUGAGAGGGCAGGGAUUUCAGGUUUAUGCUGACCUACAAAUAAACUCAAUAUACCAAAAAGAGAAAAAAAGUCUUCAGGAUAGUUUUGGAGCUGUGAAUAUCUUUAUUUUAAAUUAGUAAUGUACAAUAAUUGUGCACCUUAGAUAGGCUUUUUACUAUCUGUACUAAUGAGUGUUUUCCAAACAGUGGUUAAGACCUGGGAGUAACAAUUAAAACAAGCAAGAGCGAUUAGAAAGCCAGAUGAUCUUAGAGGUUAGCUGAUCUUAGGUUUAAGGAAAGGGGAAAUAAUGAAGGUGUGACCUCAACCAGCCAAUUUCAACAUUUAUUACAGCAAACACACCUUUUAACUUUAACCUAAUGUCCCAAGUGUGCUAAAGUACACUUCCUUCUUCUACAGUUCAGCAUAUUGCUGGGAAUAUUGUUGUUUGAGAGAUUUAUACCACUCCCAGUUCUGUAAAUAUUCAUUAUCAUCAGCAGUUGCCUCACCUGACUGAGCAAAAUACAGAGAAACAGUGAGUCUGGUUGAGUAAUGGCCCUUAGUAUUAAAGUUCACUUUUGUAAAGGCCAUUAUUCUCUAUCUUUCUUACUUCGCUUUAUACGUGUUACACGAUCUUAAAGCUUCUGUAAAGAAUUUUUAAUAUGCUAUGUAAUGGGCUGAAAUGAACAGUAAUGCAACUCUAUGAUGUACAUAAGCUAAUGAGACCAAUGAUGAUAAAAUUGACAACGUCUGCAUGAUCAUUUGUAAUGCCUAUAAGUGCUGUUAGGGGGUAGGUACGCUAAAAAAACAGCUGUAAUUACUUUAAACACAGCAAAAUAUUUAAGAGGGGUCAUAUAUUUAAUUGUAAAAAGACAAUAAAAAGUUUUUUUUUUUUUUUUGUCAGUUAACACUUUCAGACAAAAUCAUCAAUAAUAGGAGUUACCAUUUUGUCCAUAGGGGGCGCCAAAGUCAACACGUACUGAAAGUUCCUUACAGCACCUUUAAAUAGUCUUAAAUCUGCUCACCAAGUCUUUGUCAAAAAAAAAAAGCUAGAUAAAUACACCUCUGAUCAAUCUUGACCAAAAUGAAUAAGCUACUGUCUUAACCCCUUAUCACAUCUGUACAGUGUGUGUCUGUAUUAUUUGGGAUGUUGUGCUGAUUCUGGCUGCAUGUGGCGCACAGAGCAGCAUCUCCUUUCCACAUUUUCAACAGACAAGCCUGUCACCAGUGUGCACCAAACACUUUAGAAGAAUGUGUCAACUUUGCCCCACUGAGGAGGGGUGAAGGCAGGCUUGUCUUGCAGCCAGAGAGAAAGAGCGGCUGAUUUGGGGGGUUUUCAGGGGUAGGAGAGAGCCAGAGCAGUGGCAACGUUACUAAUGAGCAACAGGUGCUGGAGGGCAGGAGCAUGGAAGCCAUCUGUACUGGAAGGCAUCUAUCCCCAUAGGCAGCGAAAGACACAAACACAUGCACACUAAACUCAUUGACACCAGGAGAUAAAAUAUAACGUGUCAGUCAUGCUAGUGCUGUGUGCUGGGUCAUCUUUUGACCUUCCUGCUGCUUUGAAAGUUGCCAGAGCUAAAUUGUGACCCCAGUCAAAUCGACCUCAGUCACCCCCGACAGACCCACUCAAUCACCCACUCACUGACCUGCUUUCAGGUCGGUUGCAGGGAAACUUAAAGGUAAAUGAGAGUUUGUUCCUUUCUGUGUCUGCAGAUAUUCAUUAUAUUUCCCUUUUUACUCGUGUGCUGUAGGAGAACAAGUUCAACCCUGAGGUGGUGGAGCAUAUCUACCAGCACAAUCCCAUCCUGAAGUACACCCAGGGCCCCCUGUACGCUCCUCUGCUGCCCUUCCCUUACGGCAGCCUGGAGCACACAUGUAAGUAGUUUACAUUCAUGCGUCAAAUGUUAGCAUAGGAACAGUGUUAAAAGCUGAAAUGAAGGUUAUAAUAAUGAUGGAUAUGCUUUUUAUGAACGUUUGAAUGCUUUUAAAGGUUAUGGCAAUAAUUAGAAAGAUUUGAAGUAUACUGUAAACAUGCAGGUUCACAUUCACACGCUAAAAACUGAGUCUAUCUUGAAAUUAGUGUGCCAAUAAAACAGAGAAUCCCUAAAAAGUGAAACAAAAAGAGCUAACAAAGUCUAUAUCAAAGCUUUACUGUUUACUGGAAUUCAAACAUUUGUACCUAAAAAGGUUUUCGUUUCAUGCAGAGAUCCUGAAGAGUUAAAAAAAUCAAAUUUUUAAGGCAACAAUGCUCUGCUUUUUUCCCUCAGACCACAGUGGGAAAGGCUACGGCUCAGUGCGUGAGGAGGCUGUGAAGCUCUUCAACUGCCUGCAGCAGCUAGAGUCGGCACGAGAGCCGGUUUCAAUCAUCCAGGGCGUGUUGCAGACCUGCUUGGACCUGCGGCCUUUAAGAGACGAGGUCUACUGCCAGCUGGUGAAGCAGACCAGCUACACGCCUGCCCCGUAUACUGCAGCACACCUCCGCUACUGGCAGCUGUUAACCUGCAUGAGCUGCACCUUCCUGCCUGGGCCAGUCGUGCUCAAGUACCUGCGGUUCCACCUCAAGAGGUGAGAUGCACAUGAAGUUUAUUACUUCAGAUUUAUUAGUGAAGAAAGUUUAAGUCAAAAUAAAUCCUGUUUGACAAUUAAACAGUGUUCGCACAGUCAGAGGAAUUAACCAGUCACCACCGCUAAGUAUGAACGGGUCAGAUGAUCCAUGUUUGGGUUGAACUAGAGGUCUGCUAUAGCAAGAAAUACACAGGACCUUACUGGCGCCAACACCAUUACAUCUAGCUUAGAUAUAGAAGCAUGGUAUGCCCUCACAUUGUUAGCAUGUCUCUCAGACAGAUCCAGUGUUUUAGAGCUGGAUUUGCAGGUCUGAAUUAGCCUCUCUGCCAAGCAUACUCCUCUUAAUUAUUAGAAGCAAUAAUCUCCUGCUCUCCAUUUUCUGUCAAACGCCAUAUCAUCAGACCAGUGCAGUAUUCUAUCUUUAAGUCAGUGCUGGGAAUCACCCACUUUCUAAUGGAACAGUUGCAUGCAAUACUGAUUCAUAAUAACACUGUGGAACUCGCUACCAGUGUGUUUUGAUACGUCUUGCUCUCGCUCUCACGCACACUCUCGCUCUGUGGAUCAGUGCUGAGGCUGCAGCUGGGCAGAGCUAAGACUUGUCGCUGGGCACUUGGCCCAGAAACCCUCCUCCAUUCCCCCAGUGCCCUGAGAAACCCCCAGGGAAUGUCUGCUGUCAGAGAGAAAGGGCCAAGAGAAAGAGAGCAGAGGAGGAGGAAGGGGCAAGAGAGGAGGAAAGAGCAGAGAGGGGUGAAGAGAAGAGAGCAUAGGAGGGAUCACACAGACUCAGUGGAACAUUCCUAAUUAUGUUUCAGCGGGACAAAUCCCACCCUGUGGCCAUAAAGUUAUGAGCGAGUAAGAAAUCAGAGGGAAUGAGGGGGCCUCUCUCUGUCUGACAGAACCUUUUGAGACCCUCAUUUGUCUUUUUACCUCCUUUGCUGUGUGUAUUCCAGGACAAGCAUUGCACUAUAAUUAUUUCCUUCCCCUUUUCCCUCCGUUUACUCACAGCUUAUAUCUCAAUCAGCUCGUGUUUCGCGCCUUUCAAAUUCAACAAAUUGAGUGAAACAAUACAAUGGACAACACAGCAGACCAUAAAUGACAACUUUCAGUCAUAGCCUAUUGUCUGCUGCAUCUGUAUCCACUCUCUUAAAACAAUCACGCACACACUCAGCGACCACUCCUGGAUGCUCUGCUGGGAGGAAGUACCAGGUCAUUCCGGUUGACAGAAGCCGAAACACCUUUUCCUGUUUGGUACGCUCCCCAAAGUCAAACAUGUUUUGCUUGUCGUUUUCCUUUUUCUUUGAAGGAUUGAGGGAUGUUGAGCCUCCUGAGUCCCUAAGAACUAAAGUGAGAACAUUUGUCAUUCCUCGCCUCAUUGACUCUUGAGCUUUGCCAGCCCCCCUGAAAAAGAACAGGGUCGAAUUAAAAGAUGACAUGAGAACCAUAACCACCAAAAAACACUUUAUUACGGUCAUUGUUUGGGGCUUUUUUGCCUUUUAUUGAUAGGACAGCUUUCUCAAAAUCAUAUCUGGAAUCGAUCCUACGACUGUUGUCCUCUGUACGUGAGGAGCCUGCUCUACCAUCUGAGCUAUACCAGCACACCAACAAUUUUCAGUCUUUUAGUCAACUCUUAAGUUCUCCUUUAAUGUUUUGGAAGUUGGAAACUCUCAUUUCGUUGUCCAAAUAAACAGUUUUUCAAGGGUUUGACGUGCGCACACAUGGUAUCUAUCUACAUGCCUCUUUCUCUCUUCCUCUUUGCAGGAUCCAGAGCCACAGUCCGGAGUCUGAGAUGGAUAACUAUGCGUCAUUCAUCAGCGAGGCUCUGGAGAAGACAAAGUGUCGGGAGUGUGUGCCAUCUUGGGAGGAGAUCCAGAUGCUGAUGAGCCGACAGGAGAUGCUCUGUACUGUGCACUAUCCUGGCCCUGGAUCCUGCCAGCUCUACAUCAGUUCACACACAACCGCCAAUGAGGUGACACCACAUCUGCCCCUCGAAUCUUCAUCUCCAGCAUUUUCAUAACGAUAGAAAUGCAUUUUAAAAUCUUGCUGUACAUUUUUUAAGUCUGUUUCUAUGUCUGUUACUCCGUCAUUAGGUGGUACGAAGGAUGCAGGAGAAGCUCAGCCUGCAAGACAGCAAAAACACGUUUGCACUGUAUGAGCAGAACGCACUGUGGGAGCAGCCCAUCGCAGGUGGCACUCUGAUCGCAGACAUCCUGACCAGGUAUGAAAAAAGCCAAUAUUAGUCUUUGGCCUGUAAAGCAGAACAGAAAGUCUCUGUGAGGAAGUAAAGGACAAUAAAACCCAUUAGGGCAGACACACGAUCAAAAAAAAAAGUUAGUCUGGCAGGAAUCUGAACUGUUUGUCACUUGUUAGACAAGCGCGAACAGAGCGAGGGAUUGUACGUUUAUCUCUGUUAGCCCACAUCCCAAACUGAGCCUUAUCUAGUAUCCUUGAUAACUGCUGACCUCGUCUGGUGUCCCCGCUGAGAAAUGGGACUAUUUCUGUCAGGAAAGCAUGCCAGGCACCGAACAACCAAGGUGAAGCUUGUGUCAAUUUCAACAAUAAGGCAGACUGAAAGAAAGUAAGGGAUGUAUGAGUGUCUUUUACCUCACAACGCUGAGUGACAGAGUAAACAUGAAACCGAACUAACCAUAAAGUUACUAAACAACAAAAUUAUAUGUCGGGGUGGGCGGUUUCUGGUAACAUAUUAACAUCUCGUCCUAAGAGUCAUGGUGUCCUAUUAUUGAGGCCCAUGGGGGAUAUUAGCUGCAUGUCUUCGCUUCCUAACCGUCUCGCUCCCUCUUUUUCGACAGCCUCUCCACCAAAGAGUCCGAGACCAAGUCCCAGUGGAAAUUGGUCUUCAAGCUCUACUGCCUGUUAGACGCUGACAGCAUAUCAGUGGACAGCAUUGAGUAUCUCCUCCUCUUUGAGCAGGUAAUGGAGCAGAAAACAACUCCACAAAGGGCAGAGUCCUCCCCUCUCAGUGUGCGUCUUUGUUAUGAGUGACCAUGUCAGUGCUGAAAAUGUGGUCUGAAUUUAUCAUCCCACUGUGAAUCAUUUCCUGUAUUUCAUUGUAUGAUUAGGUUUUUACUUAGUAGUCGUUUAAGUCUAAUGGGUUGUAAUUGCAAUAAAACACAGGGCAUAAAAGGAAUGACUAAGAGCAGAGGGGGCAAAGAGGCAGCCAACACUGACUUCAUGUAAUAGUUUUCCUGAGGCCUCUCAUAAAGACUUAUGGGACGAAAUAAAGCAGGGUGUGGUAGGAAGGAUUAAUGACACCGAGGCUGUUACUCAGAAGUUGUGCCUGAUUUUCUGUCUCUUCGUUGACCUUUGCGCCGCAGUGUCAUGAGAUGGUGAUGCGAGGCCAGCUGCCCGCCUGCGAAGAGGACCUCCAAGCGUUGGCUUCCUUGCGGCUGCAGUACCUGAUGGGUGACUUCAGCACUCAUGCUCCGUGCCCACUCCUGGACGAGCUUUUCCCAGUUCACAUGCUAGAAGCCAGAGUCUUCAUGGCCAUAUCUGCACCCCAAGCUCUGCCUCCGUUCCAAGUGGCGCCACAGGGUUGUCCCGCCACGCAGCGUUUCCUGUCAGGUGCACUGUGGAGCCACACAGCCACAGCAGCUCACAAGCAGAAGGUGGAGCUGGACAUGCGACUGCGGACCCGGCUGAAGGAGGAGGCAGCAUGUGUUAUGGGAUCCAUCUUGGAGCGUUGGAAAGGUCUGGCUGGCUACAACCGCAGGGACAGUAUGGCUGCCUACCUCACUAUUGCUCGCCAGUGGUCGGGCUUCGGAUGCACUCUUUAUGAAGUGGACUUCUAUAUUGUGAGUAUUGUGAAGUCAAGCUCCAGUUUUACUUAAGUUUGGCUCUCCUGUGAGUGACUUAGACAGGAGGUAAAUAAAGAGCACUCUAUGAGCUGUUCUGACAUCUGCUUACCUCUCCCUCCCCCCAGAGUUCAACAGGGAGUUUUUCCCAGAAGCUGUGGUUGGGUGUAGCUGCUACAUCCGUGUCUCUGUACCGGCAGGGAGAAGCAGAGGCCCUGGAGUCCUUCCCAUAUGGCCAGAUCUGUUCUUACGGGGUGUCUGAUAGCAACACUUUCAAGAUCACAGCAGGAGAUCGGGAUCUGCUAUUUGAAACCACCAAGGUAUAGUAGGAGAGUUCACAUGCUUUAAAGUCCCACUCCGAUCGUUUUUCUUUUACUACUUCAAGUGUUCUCAGUGUUCUUUAAAUUGUGAUUCUGAAGUUUUUAGCCAAAAUCAUGUUACCUGUGUCAUUUUCAAGGACUUUACUUCAGAAGAGCUCCAGUAGCUCAUUAGCAAUUCGCCUCUGAGUCGUGGGCGGAGACAGCGCUGCUCUGCACACUCCUCUUCACGCCAGCUUGUAGCCUAACAUUGUUUAUAUAGUAGAAAUAGCAGGUUACAUAGGAGCUAUUCAGCUUUCAGACACUAAUGUCUUUGGGGGCAUAAUGAAAGCUAAUAUCAUAAUAACCUUUCAUAGGAGCAUUGCAAGCCCUUAACGCACACGCUUGUUCUGCGAUCGUCCUUUCUACUUCUCCAUGUCUGGCCUGCAUAGCAGGGCUCUGAGGGCGGAGCUUGGAUUUGCUACGUAGGAAAUCUCACUGUGUCUGAACCUGCUGUUUUGUUUCUGCCAGAGAUUCACAGCGAUUUGAAUGCAGAAUUUAUCAGAAAUGCAAUUCUGCACUUAGUUCUCUCUUGAUGUGUCCUGAAGCAUCAGAAAAAUGCCAUAUGAACAUGUUGACAACAAGAAAAACACAAUUUUCAUUAAGUCUUUUAGUCUGUCCUCACUGUGGUCAUUUUCAGUUUGUGCACAGUUACGGGUCAAGUGGCCUUAUCGUGGUGCAGCGCUCACAGAGCAAGUGAAAGACGCAUGCUGUCUGCUCAUGAUACUCUCCUCCCUCCAGCUCUAUGACCCACUUUGAAAACACUCAUUAAUUUGGUCUAAAUAGAGAGCACACAACCUGCCCCUGCGCCCCAACCGACACUAACCACCAAAAGUCUGACUUCCUGGUAAUAAACGGCAUCUGGGGGAGAAUUUUAUUGCAGUGGUUAGAUUAGAAUAUUAGGCAACAUUUCUCAGAAACACGGCUGUCUUUCCAAACAGAUUUUUUUUUUUCUGUUUCAGGCAGUGAAACAAAUCUUGCCUUUCACUGGACAGAUUUGCCUGCAUCCUCCCACACGGAACAAAAAAACUCUCUGUGAUCUCUCAUGGGGUACAAAAGUGGCUUUUAUUUAUUUAUUGGAUCCACCGGCGAAUUCAAGUCCAACCAGGACAGGCCCCUACUUUCAGGAAAUGAAAGCUUUGUAUCGCUCUAACAUGAACGUGCAAGCUUUUCUCAGCUUCCAGGCAGGAAACACAAGGGAGCAGAUUUACAGGGGGUGAUUAUGGUUAGGCCUGGAGUUAUGGGUGAGCGCAAGAUUAGCUGCUGAUUCAAGGGUUGUGGGUGAAGGUUAAAGAUCUGAAACUUCAGUGAGUUUCCUCUUAAAACAUCAUGUUUGAUAAACAGAAGCGAGAAAAGAGGUCUAGAAAUAGCUGCAUGAGCUUCUGAUAGUCGUAUCCAAAAAGGUCUGCAAGUGAAACAUGACAGCACAUGUGUGUUUGUACAGACACAAAAUAUCCAGACACAUGUACAGCCGCUUUUUCUAAUUAGGAGGUGUGUGUGUGUCGUCUAGAGUCUGACAGCUAGCAUCAUCCUCAGCUUCUGGAUGAUCCAGUUUUUCUAGCAGCUGAAUGACAUCACCCUCUCCACCCUCCUGUGACAGUGCCAGACAGACACCAAGAUUGCCAGAUUGACCUCUCUCUCUCUCUCUCUCUCUCUCUCUCUCUCUUUCUGUCACAGCUGACUGAGAUCAUGCAGCUGAUGAAUGCGUACUUCAGUGCCAUCCGUCGCCAGCGAGGGAAAGGGGAAGACGCUGACAUCACCAUGGCGCCCAUGCCGACACCCACCCUCCUGGAGCUGCCCUCGCACCCCGUCUGAGAGGGACCCGUACCCUAGACACCCUCAAACCCUCCAACCGCCAUCCUCCUCCACGUGGCCCCAAGCGAGAACCGGCCCCGGUCCUCAGGACACCACGCCUCCUCCGCUGGGAACGGCACGGCAGCCAAAACAAAGAGAGGGCUGUUUUCGCUCCCCGUCCAUGAAAAUAAACCCUCGCUGAGCUUUCCAGCUUAAGGAGUUGGGCGAUGGAGGAGGUUGGGGUGGGGGGGCAGGGAAGGGAGGAGGUGGAAAAGCAAGGCAAGGGGGUUCUGUUUUGCAAGUUGGGCCGGGAACCCACAGAAACCAAUGCGGUUGCUGAUGAGCUGUCACACACCCUCCACACCAUCCUGUCACGCAACCACCUCUGUCACUCUACAUGGCAGCACCCCCAUCACACCCCAACCUCACCCUCACUCCCACCCUCCCUAUUGACAAUGUGAGACAUUUGGGGGAGCAGUGCUCUAUCAGGGAGAGAUAGCAUCACAAGAGUCAGGACGUAGAGCAACAAUAAGCUGUGGUACUCCCCUCAUGAAGGUAUGGCUUAGAGUGAAAUAUUACUCUCUCUCUCUCUCUCUCUUUCUAUCUCUCUCUCUCUCUCUCUCUCGCUCUCGUUGUGCCAUAUUUGCACUGCCUUUCCUAGAAGGCAGCCAUCCCUCAUGCACUGCUGGAAUAGUGUUGAGAGCAUUCAGUCACACACACACACACACAGAUACCCUCCAAUGUCCUUGGCCCUUGCUCUGUCUGUCUCUCACACACCCAUACCUUCACACUCAUACAUACACACUCACUGACACACUCUUUCUCACACACGUGCCCCUAUGCUGACAUGUUCAUCACAUUCAGUCCGUUUUCAUAAGGCCCCUGCCAGGCUUACAUUACCUGGAACUGUUGAUGCAGUGAGCCAUGUGAACUUGGAACUGGAAACAGAUGUUGAACUCUGCGGCUAAGUCACUUUGGCUGCCGUGUCCAUAUACACUCUUACUUAUGGGAUUAUCAGUGUGUGAGUGUAUGUGUGAGUGCGUAUGUGUGUGUCCAUUUGAUCCAGAAACCAUUCCCUGGAUGACACACUCAGGGUCUGAGUUGAUGUAGUUUCACCUUUUAAACCAAAGGAAAGGAGAUUUCUUCCUCUGUUUCCACCAAACGCUCUUCUUGUUUGUUCUCCGUCGUGCUGCUUGUCUUUGCUGUAAUCCUCGACACAACCGUGGUUAACACUUGACUGAUCCGAUUGGACUUUUUGAGUUACUAUCCUAAUGCAGCUCUGUGUGCUGAAAAAUAACAGGUGCUUCUAUGUUUAUUAUUUUCAGGUUGUAAAUGUAUAUAAAGCAUCAAAGAUUCUCAUCAACAUGAAACUCUAAAGAUGAUGUUUGGAUCAUUUAGGACACGUUGGCGUAUUUUCUUUACGGUUCCCAUCAGUUUAAAAAAAGAAACCUUUUUAAUCAGGCUUUUGUAAGAUUAUUUAUGUGACCUUUGCCUUUUUUAAAAAAAAACAACCUUUUCUUUAUGUCUUAAAUUCAAACAAUUCAAAUUUCGACACACUCUAACCAAAAGCUAACCAAAAGCUCCACAGGCUUUUGGCCCUGCUCAUUUUAAGCUGGUGUGUAGCUCCUUCUUUGUGUUCCCUGUUUGAUUAUUCUUGUGAAUCCAAAGUGUAGCCAAGUCAUGGAUUUGAGUAUGGACCAAAGAUGUUUUGUUUCUCACUUUUUAAUAAGCUUUCAUAACAAGAAAUGAUCCCAAAGCAAGUAAACCCCUUUUUAUUUUACAUUUUCUCAUUUUUUCUGUGAACUUGAAUGUCAGAAAAUAUGAAGACAUCCCGUUGUACACAUUAUUUUAUGGACGUAGAUGAUUUUUAGGAAUCAGAAAGCAUAGAUGAGUUUUGUAAAUAUUAUUUUGGAUCGCUGUCUGCUACACAACCUCAUGCAAUAACCAGCAUCGACUCGACUCUUCUCACCAUGAAAGGCCUUGAUGAGUCGUUGCACAGUCAGCCCCGUCGCCUGCUCUGAAGCAGGUUUUUUGCUUUUCUACUGCAGCUGCAGGCAGCUCCAAGCUACACCUUUGAAAAGAGAAAAAAAUCAAACUGCAGAUGUUGUUGCUUUGUAUUAAGCUUGUUUGUAUGCUGCAUGGUACCUUUUUUCUGUAAUGUGUGUAUAGUUAAUUGCACUAUUGUUCUUUUUUUUGACUAACUUGGAAGUGCAAUAAAGACUAUGAAUACUGUAUAUGUAAUUAAUAAAACACCAUUUUAUCAUAUUUGGUUUUUGUUU